UCCGUAUCUACCUGGACAGAGAGUGGCAGUCCCCUGUGAGCUGUCCUGCUGACACCACAUCUCUGGCACUCUUACCAAGGAAGGACAACAGUUGGCCCCAUGAAGUUGAUCAGGAGGCAUCUGAUAUGGAGAGCUCUGUUGAGCACAGCUUUUGGGGGACUGCUACUACUGCUGGUGGGUCAGUUUGUAGAUUUUGGGACUCCUUCCUUGGAUCUGAUGCCCUUGGACUCCACAGAACUGGCUGAGGAUACUUCGAAUCUUCCUCUAAGGAAGUUUGAGUGGCAGGUUCAGACACCACAUCCCUUGCAGCUGAAGUACCCUUACUCCUACCCUUUUCUACUUAAUCACCCUGACAAGUGUGAGGGUCCCCAAGGUGCCCCCUUCCUGCUCAUGCUGGUGAUGACCCAACCCCAGGAUGUGGGGAGACGCCAAGCCAUCCGAGAAACUUGGGGCAAUGAGACUUUAGAACUGGGUGUGAUCAUCCGACGCCUCUUUGUUCUUGGUCUGCCCCCACCCUUGUUCACCAAGGAAAUUCAUGAACUCCUCCAAGAAGAGGACAGGGAGCAUAGGGAUCUCCUCCAGGUGGGCUUCCUGGAUACCUAUCGCAACUUGACUCUCAAGGUCCUCAUGGGUCUGGAGUGGAUGGCCCAGUACUGUCCCGAUGCCCGCUAUGUGCUCAAGGUGGACAGUGAUGUCUUUCUAAACCCCAGCUUUCUGGUACAGCAGGUGCUUCAGCCCAAUGGACCUCCACGGCCUGACUUUAUCACAGGUUACAUCUAUAGAAAUACAGGCCCUAUUCGGAGUCCAGAUUACAAGUGGUACAUGCCUCCAGAAUUGUACUUGCAGGACAUAUAUCCCCCUUACUGUGGGGGUCCUGGCUAUGUUUUGUCUGGAUCCUUAGCCCUCAGGAUUCUGGCUGUGGCCAAGACUCUCAAGGUCAUCUACCUGGAAGAUGUGUUUGUGGGCUUAUGUUUACAGCAAUUGGGGUUGGAGCCCACUCCUCCUCCCCCCGGAUCCUUCCUAAUGUUUCCACUAGCAUAUGAACACUGUGUCUACCACCAACUUGCCCUUGUUCAUGGAUUCCAGCCGCAGGAGCUGCUGCAAAUUUGGCAAGACUUCCAAACAGCCAAUAAAAUCUGCCCCAUGGAAUGAUGGGCUGGAACGAUGACCCACACUCCUCUAGCUUUCCAUUCCCAUCCCACUUGUCUGAGUGGAAUAAAGGCAGUGGUCAGUGGUCCCCUCCCAGAGGACCUUCCUCCAGUCCUGCCCUCUAGGACAGAUGGGCAAAUGAUCCUGUGGAUCUAAAUAACAAUGCAGCCUCCCCUCUCAGUGGUGGCCAAUGGGAAACCCAGAAAUGAUUGUGAAGUAAUCCUUACCCCUGAGGGACAGUUCUGGAUUUUAGGAAUAAGAAAAAGAUAGUUGGAAUGGAUGAUGGACUUGUAGCCAGAGAUCCAGAGUCAGAAUUUCAGCUCUGUGAGCUGCUGCCUAUUUGACUAUAGGCAAGUCAUCUAUAUUCGUUGUGCCUUAUUUAUUCCCAUAUUUAAAACCAAUAUGUUGCUGAUCUUCAAGCUUCCUUCCAUUUGUAUGUUCUAUGGUCCUAUUACGUGGCUCCAUUUUUCUGUAGAUAGGAUGUAUACAAUAAAUGUCCAAAUGAGUGUUUGCAAGAA